CACGCGUUGCACUACUUUUAUGUUUACUUCUGAAUAGGACACUAAAAAAAUUAAUUUUAUUAAAAUUAAGUCAUUUCCAACAGUUUAGAAUUGUUUUAGUAUCGUCAGUGAGAUUAAUUAACGUGAAUUGCAUUAAGUAGAGAUGAACAAAAUACUUCAUUUAUGACUUUUCUAAGGAAAAUGGAUGAAAUUUCAUUUAUUCGGCAAACUAGAAAAAGAGAAAAUCAGGAUUCAAAUCCUGUAGCCAAAAAGAGAGAAAAGGCAUUUAAAAAGAGAAAAAUUGCAGCAAUUUUAAAGAAAUGCGACAAUUCCAGAACACAAGAGGAAUCAAAAUAUAUCGACGAACAUCCAGAAGUAGUAAAGGAAGUUGUAGAACGAGCAAAACGUGUAGAAAAGUACAAAGAUAGAGCUCUUGAAAAGGAAGAUAAGGCCGAAAUAUUAGAAGCUAAGGCAAAGAAGCUUGCUUCUGUGAUCUCAAAUGCCAAACAUCUCGUAGUCUAUUCAGGUGCUGGAAUAUCCACUUCUGCUAAAAUCCCAGAUUAUCGAGGUCCCCAAGGAAUCUGGACAUUGCUGCAAAAAGGAGAGGAAAUUGGAGAUCAUGACUUAUCGUUGGCUGAGCCAACAUUUACACAUAUGGCACUAUAUGAAUUACAUAGGAGGGACAUACUUAAAUAUGUAGUAUCUCAGAAUUGUGAUGGACUUCAUUUAAGAUCUGGACUUCCUCGUUUCUCGUUAUCCGAACUUCAUGGCAAUAUGUAUGUUGAAGUCUGUAAAUCCUGUAAACCUGCAUUAGAAUAUUGGAGAUUAUUUGAUACAACACCGUUAACAUCGAGAUUUCAACAUAAGACAAAUCGACGAUGUCGUGUAUGUGCUAAUCCAUUAAUAGACACAAUUGUGCAUUUCGGUGAACGAGGAUCAUUAAAAUGGCCACUCAAUUGGAAUGGUGCGACAAAAGCUGUUGAGAAGGCUGAUGUAAUUUUAUGUUUAGGAUCAAGUUUAAAAGUGCUAAAGAAAUAUCCGUGGCUUUGGGCUCUAGAUAAGCCUGUAAAACAACGUCCAAAAGUUUAUAUCGUAAAUCUUCAAUGGACACCAAAAGAUUCUAUAGCAUCGCUUAAAAUUAAUGGAAAGUGUGAUGAAGUCAUGCAGAUUGUUAUGAAGUAUUUAACUGUAGUAGUUCCAAUUUAUGAUCGACUUGAAGAUCCAAUUUUUCAGCAUGCAUCAUUAUUAAAGGAAGAAGAACUUCAUACAGCCUCACAGCCUAUGCUUAAAAGAGUUAAAAAUAUAGACGAUGAUAAGGAUGAAGACGACGACGAUGAGGAUUUUAAUCAGAACGACGAAUCCACAAAUACAUUAAGUUCCGAUAAACAAACAUUAUCAAAUGAGUCUGAAGAUCAAUCGCAAUCUGCAGAAUCAAUUAAUACAUUUAUGGGUGUAAUAAAGAGUGAAACUAAUCAGGAUUUGGAAUUAAAUGCAAUAAAAAGUAAUGAAAAUUCAGGAAAUUGUCAUGAGAAUGUAGAGGAAUUGACUGAGGCAAGUCAGGAAUCAACAGAAGUCAGCCAGAUAUCAACAGAAAUCCAAACGAACAAAAUAGACAACUCAGAUGAUGUCGAGGAAGUAAAAAUUAAGAUUGAGACAACGGGUAGCAUAGAAACGACACACGAGAAUGGUAAGUUGAUAUCAAUUAAGCAGGAUAUCGAAGAAACAGUAGAUUUAACAGAAGAUGAGCCAAUAACAAUCAAUGGACAUAGAAAAAACAAUAAAUAUGUUGAGCCAAAAGAGGAAAUAAUUGAUUUUGAGGAAUUAAUCGAUAAUUUGGAAGUGAAAAUGACAGAACAGCCAAAAGACUCAAAUAAUAUUGUUGUAAAACAAGAAGAGCCAGUGAAAUUAGAAGAACAAAUUAAAGUAUCAGAACCUAAUCCACCCAGUCCAGUAAUAUUAGAAUCAAAAUUAAUUAAGGAAGAAGAACAAGCCACAACAAUCAAGAAGGAAGUCAAAAGUGAUCCUAGUAUUGCUAAUAUAAUUUUACAACAGAAUCAAAAUUUAAUUGAUAUGGCAUUACUUAAUAACAGUUUACUGACUGCAUCACUUGCAUUUGCGCCAAUCGAAACGACAUCAAAAGAGGCAUUAACAGCCACGGCACUCAUUUUGAAUUAUAACAAUCAAAUUAUAAGUACAUUAACAAAUAAUCUUAAUCUUUUGCCUUAUUCGAAUGGCUUAAAUCCAAGUACGAUGAAUGGUUCUUCGAUUAUGAAUUCACAAUCCAGACCAAUCUGUGAUAAAAGUAACGUAGUAAGGAAUGAUUUUUAUGAAAACGAUAUUGAGAUGGUAAACAGUGACGAUAUGUCUGAUGAGGAAGAUACAACGUCAUCGUCUAUAACAAGGCAAUUGAAUGAGACUCCAGAGCAGUAUUAUAAGCAAUUAUUUGCAAAUUAUUGUAAGGCAAUAAACGAUAACCUACCGAAAUGGUCAGAUGUGAAUUAUGCAUAUUCGGGACUGCAUACGAUCGUAAACUUACCGCCAGAUGAUGCAAAUUUAUGGAAAAAUCACGAAGACAUGCUUAAUGGUAAAAAAUUGAGAAGUUCGACUGUGAUUGAACGAAAGGCGGCAAAGGCAGAGUGUAAAUUUUGUUACGAUAAAUAUGAAGCUAUGAUUUGUCAAUUCUACAAGCCCAUUAAUCGGGAAUUUAAGAUUACUACUUAUCGUAAUGAAAAGCUUAUAGUUUGCGAGUGUUGUGACUAUACUGAUGAAGACGAGGAGGAACAAAUUAAUGAAGAAGAAAACUCUAAAUUAGUGACUACAAAUAAUGAUGAUAAAGACAAGUCUUCAAAUACUGUAAUUCGGACUGUCACAAAAGCUGGAUGGUUUGGAAAAGGAUAUAGAAAAAUUCAGAAGAAACGUAAGAAAGUAUCAACAUAGAAUUUAACCAGUAAUAUGAUUUGUGUGAUUGACGAGAUUAAUUUAUUGCCUCAGUUCCCGAUUAUUUUGUUUCAGUUUUAAUUAUUUAAUUGUUUUUUUAAAGGAAUGACUAUGUUAGAUAGACAUUAAGGAAUUUGAUGUAAGAUGAUAAGUUUUUAAGAAAAAUAAAAUUAACUGUCAGAGUGUUCGGUAAUAUCUCAAAAUUAAUCUAAAGCCUUUUUAUUCUUCGCUUGUCUCAAACUGUUGCUUUACAAUUUUUAACUUCUGGAUUAAUUCAGUGUUCUUAGCUAUGCGUUGUCGAACAUUUGCUGAUUCUACACUUAAUUCAAUGGCUUUUUGAUACUUUUCGCGAGCAGUCUUGAGAGUUUGGGGCGUUAAAAUUCCAAACCAAAGCAUUGGAUCUAUGUAAUCAUUAUCCUUAUCAAUUUCAUGGGAUUCUAAUGUAAAUUGUACAGCUAUGUCAUUCUCAUUUCUCUCAACAGUACGUAAAGCCUUAAAUUCCUUCUCUUCAUCUUCUGAGGGAAGUUGUGUUGUUGACACUGAAUUUGAUCCUUGCGUGUAUCUAAAAAGUCAUUUAAAUAAAUUAGUGAUAGUCCUGGAUC